GGACACAUCCACUGUGGUACUUCUGCCCUUGCCCUGCUCGGGGACUCAGGAAUCGGGGUCUGCUGAACCCCUGGGACUCGCAGCCCCAGGAAGCUGGGAGCUGGGGCCCUGGAGUCUCUGCUGCACACCACCUUGACCCUGACCUCUGCCCUCCUUGGGCCCAGGAGGCACCAUGUGGCGAUGUCCACUGGGGCUGCUGCUGCUGCUGCUGGCCGGUGAGGCAGCCCUGGGUGCACGGCGGGGCCGUGGGCGCCGGGAGCUGGCGCCGGGUCUGCACGUGAGGGGCAUCCGGGACGCGGGCGGCCGGUACUGCCAGGAGCGGGACCUGUGCUGCCGCGGCCGCUCUGAUGACUGCGCCCUGCCCUACCUGGGCGUCACCUGUUACUGUGACCUCUUCUGCAACCGCACCGUCUCCGACUGCUGCCCUGACUUCUGGGACUUCUGCCUCGGCGUGCCGCCCCCCUUUCCCCCCAUCCAAGGAUGUAUGCAUGGGGGUCGUAUCUAUCCAGUCUUGGGAACCUACUGGAACAACUGUAACCAUUGCACCUGCCAGGAGAAAGGGCAGUGGGAGUGUGACCAGGAGCCAUGCCUGGUGGACAACGACAUGAUCAAUGCCAUCAACCAGGGCAACUAUGGGUGGCGGGCUGGGAACCACAGUGCCUUCUGGGGCAUGACCCUGGACGAGGGCAUUCGAUACCGGCUGGGCACCAUCCGCCCGUCUUCCUCCGUCAUGAACAUGAAUGAGAUCCACACAGUGCUGGGCCCCGGGGAGGUGCUGCCCACGGCCUUCGAGGCCUCCAAGAAGUGGCCCAACCUGAUCCACGAGCCUCUCGACCAGGGCAACUGUGCAGGCUCCUGGGCCUUCUCCACAGCAGCUGUGGCAUCUGAUCGCGUCUCAAUCCAGUCUCUGGGGCACAUGACGCCCGUCCUGUCGCCCCAGAACCUGCUGUCUUGUGACACCCACAACCAGCAGGGCUGCCGCGGCGGGCGUCUCGACAGCGCCUGGUGGUUCCUGCGACAUCGUGGGGUGGUGUCUGACCACUGCUACCCGUUCUUGGGCCGUGAGAGGCACGAGGUUGGCCCUGCCCCCCGCUGCAUGAUGCACAGCCGGGCCAUGGGUCGGGGCAAGCGCCAGGCCACUGCCCACUGUCCCAAUAGCCACAUCCAUACCAAUGACAUCUACCAGGUCACUCCUGCCUACCGCCUCGGCUCCAACGAGAAGGAGAUCAUGAAGGAGCUGAUGGAGAAUGGGCCUGUCCAAGCCCUCAUGGAGGUGCACGAGGACUUCUUCCUGUACCAGGGUGGCAUCUACAGUCACACGCCAGUGAGCCUUCAGAGGCCGGAGCAGUACCGCCGCCAGGGGACCCACUCGGUCAAGAUCACGGGGUGGGGAGAGGAGACGUUGCCCGAUGGAAGGACGCUCAAAUACUGGACGGCAGCCAACUCGUGGGGCCCAGCCUGGGGCGAAAGGGGACACUUCCGCAUUUUGCGUGGCGCCAACGAAUGUGACAUCGAGAGCUUCGUACUAGGCGUCUGGGGCCGGGUAGGCAUGGAGGACAUGGGUCAUCACUGAAGCCGCGGGCACCAUGCCAGGCUGGCCCAGGGCCCCAGCCGAGGGGCAGCCGGCAGAAGAUCGCCUGCAGGGCCGCGCCCCCCGCCACUGUGACAGAGACCGCAUGGGAGCUCCAGCGCAGGCGGGUGCCACAGGUCUAAUCCGGGCGCACAGAUUCGCUGAUGCAGCGCCCAGCCUGGGAGCCGCGGGCAGGAGAGGCUGGCGGAGCCCCCAGACCUCCCAGCGGGGACAGGGCAGGGCCUGGCCUGAGGAAGUGUGGGGCCUGCAGAUCUCAGACCCCAGACACCCCACCCAAGACCAGUGAAGCCAGGACACUCCCAGGUCUCCAGCCCCACUAUCCCCACCCCACCCAUAUUCUUAUUCUCCAAAGAUAUUUAUUUUUGUUUUCACUGUUUUAAAAUAAAAUUGAAGUAUUGAUAACUAUAGGA